GUUUAUGAUAAUGGCGUCUGUGGAGAAUUAAAACGAUGAAUAGUUAGCACAUGAAAGAUCAUUGCAUUCUGCUAAAUGCUCUCUAGAGGACGUAAUAAAAAAAUGACGAAGGAAAAAGGGCUUCACCCUACUUCUCCUAUUCAUGUUCAUGUGGAUGAUACACCUGUACAUGUUCAUGUGAAGAAAGGAAAGAAAAAGAAUGCUCUUGCGAAGUCUGCUAGCAAUAUGAGACUUCAGAAAUCAACAGCUGCGUCCAGAGCCCGAGCGAGGAGUAUGAGCCCCCCCUCCAAAACUGGACCCUGGGUGCCUGCACCAGGUAAAGCCACACGAGGAGGCAGGGUCACAUGGCAGGGAGCAGGCUCAAAGCUGGAGGUAAACCAUUUACGCAGCAGUGAUUUAUCAACUGAUGACGAGGAGAGGGCAGGACAUGAAGUCAGGAAAUACGAGAAAAAGAUCAAUAACUUACUCAAUGAGGUUGGCAGUCUCAAAAAUGAGUAUAGCAUGAAAGAAACUUGUAGACUACACUGUGUUGCUCAUGAAUUAAAACUUGUUGUCCUACAAAAAGCUCUGAAAGAAAUAGAACACAAAGAUGACCUCCUGAACACAUCCUCUAGGAUCCUGGAGCGCCAGGAAGCAGAGCUGGAACAUGUUGAAGAAGAGCUGGCCGCUACAGAAACUGAAAACAAACUUCUCAGGCAGAACAUGCACCUUAUAUCAGAAGAGGUGGAGAUAACUAAAAGCCAGAAAGACUUGCUGAACUAUGACAGAGAGAAACUAAUGAAGAAACUGAUAGAAGCUGAGAUGGAUGGGCAGGCUGCAUCACAGCAGGUGCGUGAGCUUAAAGAUUUGAUCAGGCGUCUGAAGGAUGACUUCCAGAUGAGCACUGCUGACCAGGCCCGUCUGGCCAAGCAGAAAGAAUUGUUCCUGGAAACUAUGGCAGACUUUGAGGCGACCAACCGCACGCUGCGACAUCUCUUGCGUGACCAGCACCGGCUGGAGGCCUCGGGGCUACGGCUGAGUGAACAGAGGGAUGUUUUGAUGAGAAAACUGGCAGAUUCGGAUAUUUCUAAUGAGAGAAUGAGGAACCAGCUACUGGACUGUGAAACUUUGAUCACAGAACUCCGCAACCAGCUCCGUGCUGAGAAGGAAGAGAGAAUGGCACUGAGUAACUUGCAAGGUUCCCUAGAGAACACAAGGGGCCAUUUACAGAAACAGUUGCGGACAAAGGAAGCUGAUUGUAAUAGGAUGGCUGUCCAAAUACGUAGCUUGGAGGGUCAUUUAGCAGAAGAGAAGCUAGAGAGGGAAAGACUGCAGGAAAUUGUGGGCUCCUCCAAAGACAGGACAGACCGUGACAAAGAUGCACUUAAAAAAGCUGCCAGGGCACAAAAGGUCAGGGCCGAGAGACUGGAGGAGGAGGUGAGUCGACUGACUAAACAGCUGACUGACCUGCAGUGCCAAGGGUCUGAGCAAACAGCCAGGUUGUCAUCCACCCACGCCAGGUUUGAGAGUCUGGCCAGGGAGAAGGAAUCUCUCAGCAAAGAUUGUGAGCAGUAUAGGGCGAAAAUUGCUGAGUUGGAAUCAUUGAUAGAGAGAAUUGAAGACACAGCCAAGUCACAGAAUGAAUCCUUGACCACUAGACUUCAUGACAAGAUAACAGAGAACACAAAUCUUAGACUUGAAAAUGAACGAAUAAAGAAUUCUGUGAAUAUCUUGGAGACCAAACUGCGACAAUCCGAUGAAGACAUCCAGCAGUUGCGCGGAACAAUUAAACAAUAUGAGAAACUGGUCGACGAGUAUAAAGAACAGGUCCUAAAGGAUAGCUUUAGAUGGAAACCAGCUCUUGUAGAAAUUCUUGCCAGCCGCACUAGAAACGAAGCAGACGAGUCCUUUGUUAAGCUGGAGGAGCAGUCGAGGGAGAAGGAGAGGAUCCAGAGAGAAGGGGAGCAGGAGCUGGAGAAGGUCAAGAUGCGCCUGCACCAGCGCCUGGAGGAGCUGGAGCCGCUGCCGGAGAUGCUGAGGGCCACGGAGCUGCGGCUGCAUGAGGCUAAUGAACAGAUGAUGGCCUACGAGCGGAGGAAUGCUGAGAAUGUCAAGGUCAUUGCUGAGCUCACAGCCAAGCUUGAAUAUCACUCCGGUGCUACAGAGCAGUACAGAAAUAAAUGUAAUGACUCCAUGGACUCAAAUAGAUCACUACAGUCCAAGUACGACAGCUUAGAAAGACGACUGAAAGAUCUAGAGGAGCAGAACGCUGAACUUCACUCCAACCAGACCAAGUUACAGGACAUAAUCCAUCAGGAAUCUCUUCGCCUAGAAGAGAAAACCAGAGAAAAUGCCAGCCUGACCAGACAGCUAGAGAAUGCCCUGAUGGACAACCGCAAACAACAAGAACAAUACAGGGACAGAUUCACAUCCAAGGAACGAACAUACCAGAGCAGGAUAGUUGACCUUGAGACUCAGCUGAGUGAGUUAAGAGCUGAACAUGCGAAACAGAAGAGAGAAAAAGAAGAGAACGAGCGCAAGUUCAACUCUCGACUCUACGACCUAAAAGACAGGCUGGAACAAUCACACUCCACCAACCGCUCCAUGCAGAACUACGUCCAGUUCCUCAAGAACUCUUACUCCACUGUCUUUGGUGAGCCUGGUGCAUCCAUACCAGCCCCACCCUCCCCUAUUAAACAUUACCCCUGAUUAAACCUCGAUUAUUUUAAAUCCCGUUUUAAAUGUCUUAAAUGAAUGUCCAGUUUAUAUAAAUUAUUAAAGAAUUGUGACUUUUAUUUUCGGGUAAUUUC